GAUCAUUGAUCGUUCAUUCACCGCUGAUGUUUUCAGUGUUAUUUUGUGAUAAAAUAAAUAAAUAUAGACGAUUACUACUAAAUAAAAGCAAUUGUUGUGGUCAACAGUAUUUAAAAAUAGUGCAAUAAAAUUGACUAGGUCAAAUCAAUGUGAUUUGCGUCAAUAUUGUUGACCAUUUCAAGGGAAAACUAUCUUUGUGCAAUCUACCUGCAUCGACAGGCAUUGAUAUUUUCGUGUAUAGUUAUUGGUGACGGGACACUAGAAAAAAUAUAUAAUCAACCGAAAAUUAAUUGUCGACGACGCAAUAAUGCGUAUGAUUUAUGUUCACUUUUAAUUUGGUGCUUGGUGAACAAAGUCAAGAGCUAUUUUUGGGUUCGGGCACUGUGGACGGCGCAAGCGCAAAAGGCGGAGGGUCCACGAUGGCACCAAGUCUAAUGGCUUGACAUAUGUACUGUAAGAUGCCGUCAUAUGCCAAGUCGGCUCAGUCGCCGCCGUCAAGCAACCCGUCGGUGUCUGAGUCGGCCGGGCACGCCGCCGCCAACGGCUCGAAGGAGGACGACCUCACCAUGACGCAUCUGCUGUGCAACCUGCUGGAGAACAUGAACCGGCCGCCGCCGCCGCCCGCCGCCGCCGCCGCCUCCGCGCCCUACGACAUCUGGGCGCUGCCCUCCGCUAGUGCAGGACCCAACCCCAACGGCGUCAUCGGCCGUGAGUACCGCGCCGGCUCCAGCAACAACAACGCUCACCACUCCAAGGAGGACAACUCCAGCGGCUCGCCCGGCACCUCCUCCUCCGUGUCCAUCACCUGCUUCCGCUGCGAGGAGCGCUCGCCCACCACGCGCUGCCUCGAGUGCAACGACCUCUUCUGCCACGAGUGCUGCCACAAGCUCACCUCCGACUGCCAGCUGCGCGAGCACACGCUGCUGCCCAUCCACCAGGUGUCGCCCAUCGGCGUGCGGCCCAACUCCGUCACCAACGACAAGGAGUUCUGCAUGUACUGCGAGAUGCACGGUGAGGCCAUCAGGUUCUACUGCGAGGCUUGCGUCAUGUUCGUCUGCCCCGAGUGCGUUCUGUGGAUUCACAAGGACCACAACUACUCUCCCAUCAAGGGCGCGUUCGACAUGUGCCGCGUGGGCGUGUUCCGCUGCAUAGAGGACACGAAAACGGGUACCAAGGCCAUAAAAACUGCGAUCGACCGCGCCGUGGCCAUGUCGAAGGCCUACGAAAAGGAGUCCGCCGAGGCUAACAUGAAAAUACGCAAAGCCAUGCGGUGUUACGCUCAGGCCAUUGAGGAUCGUGAAAAAUUUCUGCUGGACAAGGUGGAGAAGAUGCGCCAGGCGAAGAUCACGGAGCUGACCGACCACAUGAACACGCUGCGCGGCAUCCUGGCCGGGCUCGCGCACACCAACGAGACGCUGGUGCGCAGCAUGGACUCUGAGGGAAUCGAUUUGUUUAUGGCGAAAGAAAAAGGUAGAGCCCAGGUGGACUACUUUUCGCACAUGUUUAAAAACAUGUACAUCACAGAAGACAAGAUCAUGUUCGUGCCGCCCAAUUAUGACUUGGUCGAUCAGCUGAAACGCCAGUGCGACGUGCAGCCGGUGCCGGCCAUAACGCACAUCAACACCGCGUCGAUCCAGUCGCGCCAGUCGCUGAUGUCGAUGCAGUCGAACCAGGCCUCGCACUCUUAUCCGCCGAUCUCCUAUCAUCACUCGUCGAGCUCCAACAGCCUCCGAUCGCUUCCCGAUUACUCGAUGAACUCUCGAUCGACGAGUUCCUACGAUCAAAGUGGACCCCCGCUUAUGGAGGCGAACGCGGCCCGCGGCAUCGGACAGGCCAUACCCGGGUACUGGAUGUCUGUGUCAGUGAAGCCUACUAGGUCUCCGGUACCCGGCGUCCCGAUGUUUUCCUUCGGCCGAGAGGGCCAGGACGAAGGACACGUGUCUCGGCCUUGGGGUCUGUGCGUGGACAGAGAGGGCAACAUCAUAGUCGCCGACAGACGAAAUAACCGCAUUCAAAUAUUCUCCAACAGAGGAGAGUUCAAGACCAUGUUCGGUUCCAAAGGAACGGGGCCCGGCGAGUUCGAUCUUCCGGCUGGAAUAACCACUGACACCUAUGGUCGUAUCAUCGUCAUCGACAAGGACAACCACAGGGUCCAGGUGUUUACGAACGCGGGUAAUUUCAUCCUCAAGUUCGGUUCCUUCGGCAAAGACUGCGGGCAGUUCCAGUACCCGUGGGACGUGGCCGUGAACACGCUGGGCAACAUCGUGGUCACGGACACCCGCAACCACCGCAUCCAGCUGUUCACGAGCGACGGCACGUUCAUCACCAAGUUCGUGUUCGAGGGUGCAAAUCCGGCAAAGAUGUUGAAAGGGCCGACGACCCCGCGCGGCGUGUGCUUCACCACGAGCGGGAACAUUAUAGUGUCAGAUUUCGAGAACCACAGAUUGAUAAUGGUGGACCCGACUCUGUCGAAGGUGAUGUACUGCGUGGGGCGCGAGGGCUCGAGCCUGGGCGAGCUGAACCGGCCGUCGGGCAUCGUGACGGACGACGACGGGCGCAUCAUCGUGGCGGACUCCAAGAACCACCGCGUGCUGGUGUUCACGUCGGAGCUGCGCGUGAUGACGGCCGUGGACCUCAAGAGCCCGGGGCUGGACGACAAGGACCGGCCGUCCGACGUGGCGCUGACGCCCGAGGGUUGCCUCGUGGUGCUGUUCGAGACGCUGCCCGACACGGCGCGCGACCUGGCCUCGCACGGCAAGCAGUACAUCAAGGUCUACUAACUGUGAGGUGACUGUCUGAGCGGACCUAAGGUCUACCCUGUUUUAUUUUCGUUUAUUAAGUUGUGAUUUCUUUGAUAAUGUGCCAAUUUUAUUGAUCGAGCAUAGCUUGUCCGGAGAUCUCGCAUUGAGCUCGUGAGGCGACGCUCAAUCGAAAUCUCUCUAAACAUUUGACAUUUGCGUUACCAUUAUAAUUUGCUUUUGUUUCCGUAUACAUAUUACUAGUCUAUAAGGACCAAACUUUGUUUGUGUUAAUUUGCAGUGUAACUUAGAGUAGCAAACGGUACUGGUAACUUUCUGAAAACAUAUAACUAUACCGAUAUCUUAGAGUUUAAACAUAUAAUGAUACUUAAACUUAAAUAUAAUAAUAUUAAAUUACUCAUUUCCGAUCCGAUUUCACUUACGAUUUAUAGUUCAAUUUAGAAUAAUCGUAAAUAUACUAUUAUAAAUAUCACCAUGUGAUGUAAAACACUAACAUAUGUGAGAUAGAUAACUUGAAAAGUAUUUUCCAAAAUGUUACAUUUUGCGUUUUUAACUUGGUUAUAAUUGACGCAGACGUCGAUGUAUAAGUUAUUUUGCGUAUUGAUUUAGGUGCAUAAUAUUAUAUAUUUUUAUUAGAGCGUUGUCGGCGCGGAUCGCCGAUCGGCUAGUUUACGUUUAUGGGUUUGCUCGGGAACUUCAGUAUAUUUGCGUGUGCGGUUCAGCUGAGAGCUUGCGUGAGUGCUGAACAAAGAAAUCAAUGCAAUAAAUCUUUAAGACUGACUUUAGAAGACUGUCUUAAAGCGGUUGCUUGCGCCGGCCUCGUGCCCAGGCGCCGGUAUACGUCGCGCCUUUUUUUUACCAAAAUAUUUAGGUAUUAUGUUAAUUUCAACAAUUAUGAAAUUCAGACUUUUUUAUAUUCUUUAGACAAUACGUGAUAUUUUUUGAUUUCAUUACAAAAAGUUUUUCUUAUUAUUUCGCAAAGAAUAUAUUAUUAAGAAAAUUAUUUUGACUGACUAAAUUAUUUUUUUUUUAGUUUUAGCCAAAUUGAAACGUUUAGAUUUUUAUAAUCGAAAUAAUAAUAUUUUGCUACGUUUCUGGUCACGAAGGGAGAGUUAAUAUUUUUCAUUGCCAACGCAUGCAUAACUUCUUCAGUAGAGCGUACUAUCGGGUGUUACUAGGUAUAAUGUAGUCGAUGAUAUAGAUGCGGACUUACGAUUCAAUAGAUAAUUUUAGGAAUAUUCUCCUACUGGUAACUUAAAUUAGCUAAUGUAAUCGUGUGUGUUUGUGGGUAUAAAAUAAUUAGUUCAAAUAUUGUAGUGAAAUUCUUUUCUGAAAUGUAAAUUGUAAAGCUUAAUCUAUUUUAUCCAUAUAUUACUUGGAUAGUUGAUAACGCAUGUAUAAUCGCGUAUAAAUCGCAUGUAUAAUUAAUUAAUUAAGCGAUACCCUUGUGUUCAGUAAUAAUUAUUAUAAAUUAAUAUUAAUAUAAUUAAUCUAUGUACUUUUUUGUGUUCACAUAUAAAUAUGAUGUACUAUUACUGAGUAAAAUUAAUUUAGUAUGUUUCGAGUUGUCUGAAUCGUUGUGGCAUCGUAGCUAGGUCGUUAGGUAGUAGCGUGUUUGCACUUCGCACUUAAUAUGUGGCUUCUAAUAUUAAGCGGUAUGUGAGAGCCAACCGAGGGCCGUGCCAAUACAAGAUGGCGGCCCGCCUGCGUGGCGUAUAUCCAAAAUGAAUGUCGUUAUGUUAUCUUGAAAAUCUUAAGUCCGAUAUCUAACUUUCAAAUAAGUAACCAUUUUCUAAUAUACUUUAUACAGCUAAAUGAUUAAUCGCCUUAUUAUCAUUAUAUUAGAAAUCAAUACAGUACGUAAAUAGUCAUAUACCGCGGUUUGAAAAUUAGUUAAGCUUGAACAAAGUGUUACAAGUAAAAUAUUAGAUAAAUUAAUCGUAUCGUAAGGAGUGUGUAUGCGACGUAGAGAUGUUAUGACAUAAUAAUGAUCUGUAAGCGGUUAAUUAACAUAGAGUAACGUUUUUCACCUUUGUACUUAGGGUAACAUUAGCGUAAGCUCUUCGAUUUAAAUCUUUAGUCAUAUACUAUCGUGUAUCGUAUGAGUAGCUUCAAACAAAAAUUUUCCAACGUGUGAAUUGAAACGUAGUUAGUAAUAAUUUGGAACUGAUUAAUAUAGUAUGAUGUCGACUGGCGUAAGAGUCUGAAUAAUGUAUUAAGAAGUAGUAGAAAAUUAUUGUUUGAAGUGCAAAAUUUAGUAGCGAACGACGGAGCCUGGCAGUCUUAGUUCGCGGGUUACUCGUGGAUUACAGUCUCACAGAAUAGUCGGUGUAGGAUCUGGUAGAAAGCCGUGUCGGAUCUUAGACUGUCAAACCUCCGUCGUGCUUUGACCCCCUAGCACCAACAUAUAAUCGCUCAUGAAGUUUAUAGAUUGUGUGACUCACCUCCUGGCGUUCGCGUAGUUAAAGUGAGAUCUUAGCACGCUAGUCAAAUUCCCAUAUGUCACGAAGAUUCUCUCUUGCUUAGAGUUAAUACCUGUAAAAUGAUGUUAUACAGUGCAUUAAGGGCUUAUGAUGCACCUUCCGAGUUUCAUUGAUAUCCUCAAUUGAAAUAAGCGGGCUACAUAAUACUCCCAAACUUGUAAUCGGCAGCGUAAUGUAGUAUUAAUAUUUAAUGGACGGAGCUGAUGCUAAAACUACAUGCUGUAAACUUAUGUGACGUUCAUGCAAAGCAAACGAUCGACUAUCAUUUUCUAAAUUGCGUAUUUCAGAGAUUUAAUUUGAGUGGGCACAUAUUAUUUUCUAGUUCUUGCAAAAUUGUUAACUGGCUUUAAAGUCUAGGUUCAGAGGAUGUGUUUUAGCAACAGUUCCUUAUUACUAAGGCCUCCUUAAUAUAUGAAAUCACUUCAGGUGCAUUCUGACUGACGCGAAUCACGCACUAAAGCCGAGUGUAUUCUGUGCUCAGAUACCACCGCGCUGUACAGUACAGAGUAUCAGGAACACUAAACUACUAUACUAUGGAUACUUAUAUUAUCGGUCUUCGGACCAUGUUUGCGUGAUGCUCCGUGCUGCGCUGAGUGAGUGCGUCGCCACCAUUCCAGUAUACACUCGGCUUAAACGGCACGCGCCAUAUUCGUUGUCAUGGCCACCUCAACGCCCGCGCUUCGCGUCGGUCGGCCCGCGCCGCUGUGAAUACAAUAUCUGUAGAAGCUAGACAGUAAUGCAGUUUAACGUAUAACGCGAAACUUAGAAUUCUCAUAAUAAAUACAAAACUUUCGGUUUCCAGUAAUUCGUAAUAAUGUUUAUUUUUUGUUCAGUGCCAUUAUAAAGUAUUGCGUUAUUUUUAAAAUAAUGUGUUGCAUUAAAUGCAUUUUUAUUAUUAACAUUUGGAAUGUUUUACAAGUCAAAAUUUCACAGUUUUAUUUUAUUGGGUACAACGAAUCUCAUAUUUUUGUAUGAAUUCAGUGACUUGACAAUGUUGAUCGACGCAUUGAAUAGGAUUUGCAAAGCAAACUCCGAACAUCUUGUGAUUGUUACCGAUUGGGGCACGCGAAGGGUGUCCCAGUCCGGCAACGGCGGAGCCCGGAGUCCGCGCCACGCCUCCACCAGGGGCUGAGGUGGACGCUGUCUCAAAGAUCUAAACUAUUGAAACGACAUUAUCUACAUCCUUUUGUUAUGUUUACCACCUCAGCCUCAAGAGCCGUGGACCGAGAUGAAGGGCCAAAGGCAGUUUGUAAAACUAACUCAGCUAAAAGCUGCUGAAAAGCAUUUUACUUAAUUUUAAAUUCAUUUUGUAUGAUUUGGUUGUUUUCUUUUUUAAAAAUAUAUUUUGUUGCUUUCUGGGUUUCUGUGAAAAUAUCGAAACUUGUCUGUUCAUUUUGUGAUGUAUUGCAAUAUUAAUGAUACUUCUAGACAUCUUGGAGCGUUUUCGGUAUUUUCACAGAAUCUCAGAAAAUUGAGUAAGUAAUUGUGAAAAUGUGAACUAUGUGAGGCCUGCUAGUUGCUAGCAGUAAAAUUGAAGUUUUGUGAUAGAAACAAUAAAAUUGAGAACUUAAUGAUAUUCGGAACGCGAAUAUAAUUUUUUUACGAAUUUUUGAAAUUUAAAAGUAUUCCGGGACGGUAACAGAAAAAUGGAUAGGAUAAAAUUGAAUCGGUGAGUUCAUAACGAUGGACGCCAAUUUGGAAACAUUGAUACAAUUACGAGAUUUUAGGGAAUUGUAUUGAGCCAUUUUUGUGCUAUUUUUGUAUGUUAUGUAGUCGCUUGUAUGUGUAGUGCAGGGCGGGCCCGCCGCCCCGCGGGCGGCGCUCGCUCGGCUGUCGUGUGUAUCUCAUAGUAGUAAUAUUUUUGUAUCUAUGCCUCGAGACAAUGCAACAUCACAUAUCGAAUUGGAGAUCGCUUCGCUACAUCUCAAUUUCGCAUGCGAUCGAAUCGACGUGGAUAUGUUGCAUUGUCUGGGGGUACUGCGUCUAGGCAAUGUGAC